CUGGAAACAAAGUAUGAAACAGGCCGCGACGUGCCACAAUGCCGAGAUAUGUGUCAACAUUUAUCAUAUCGCGCUUGAUGGGUCAAAAAUAAAAUAAAUAACAUUCAUGGCUCAACGUUCUGCGCUUUAGCAGCGAAAAAUAUUUUCAGAUGUGUUGAGAGAUGCCUGACAUAAAGUUACUCAAGCUUCCUUCAAGUGAAGGAGCAUUCUUACAAGAGCAGGGAGAGACGGUUACCUCCAGCAGGCGUCGCAGCUGUGCUCUGGUUAACACACCAGCACCAUGUGUGAACAAAGCAAUAUUUCACAUCCAGGAACUGACGUCCAAACUGGAAAACUGGGGACAACAGGGUGAUAAUGCUCAGCAUGAAACUGCACAUGAAAACAAGCAUGGUAUCAUUUGGAAAUGUGUUUCUGCUGAUGGCAAAAAUGCUGAGCUGAGUAUUGAAGGCAUGGGGGUUUGUGUAGAAGACAGUGGAGUGUUGACGUCUUUCUGGAAAGAGACCGCAGACGUCCUGAUGGAGGUGAUGAGUUUGAUUGAGCGUCUUGAGUUGGAUCGGAGAGAUGCGGAGAAGGCUCUGCAGGAAGAAAAGGAAAAAAGAAAGAAACUUGCAGAGAAACUGGACAGUCUCCGUCUCUGGAAGCAGAAUGAGUUUCCUGUAGCAAUGCAGAAAGAGCGUGAAGCCUGCAGCGCAGACAUCGCUGAGCUGACGUGGCAACUGAAAAUGAGGAGAGAUCAGCUGCCGCAGGUGAGAGACAGACUGACCCGCACGGAGGUGCUGAACCGACGUCUGAAGGAGGAUAUCGAUUUUAUGAGGAAACACGGGCCGCUCGUGCACGAGAGACUCCAGCUGGAGAGUGAAAUCAUGAAGCAGAUCCGAACAGCACAAAGCGAGGCCACUGAGACAUUUUCAAACAUCUCUCAGAAGCUAAGGAGUCUUCAGCAGGAGUUAAAAAAUGAGGAAUUCAGAGCAGACCUUAGGAAAGGAGAAAUGAACAAAGAAAUGGAAACGAUCAGAAAUCAUCUGAGUGAUAAGCAGAGUGAGUUACAGCAGCUGCAGUCACAGUGUGAGGCGUUUCAAAGAAAAAUGAAAGAGUCGGUAGAAAAACUAACAUUGAGAGACGGCCAAAUCAAAGCCUUGGUGAAAGAAACGCAUCAGUUUGAGAGGCAGGAAACAGACAUAAAUGAAGAAGUCAGAACAAUAAAAGCUGAAAAAGAUGAUAAAGAAGAGAUAUUGAUGAUAAAGAAGAAUGACAUAAUGCAGCUUCAAAACCAAAUACAAACAUCUAAACUUGAAGGUGAUGAAAAGGUGUCUGUGUUGGAUGCAAACUUAACCCAAAAGUGCCAUGACUUAUCAACCCUGCGAGACAAAAACAAAGAGCACAAAUUGGAAACUGAAGACUACAAGAGAAAGAUCUACCAAAGUGAACAGGCCGUGAGAAAGCUACUGACGGAUCGUGAGCAUGUCCUGCAGAAGAUCGGUUUGAGCGAGAAGCAGUGGAAACCGGUCAAAACCGAGUUUGACCAGGUGUCUGCCGUUCACUCAGACACCAAAGCCGAGCUGGACCGCCUAGAGCGCCAAACCUUUCUGGAAGGGCUGAAGAACAGGAAAGAGAUAGACAAAAUGAAGAGCCUGAUAAUGACUGAAAUGACCACAUUAGAUAUUCUCAAGGGUAAUAGGGACGCAGAGGCAGCCGAAUAUAAUCGUGAACAAACAGACUGUGAGAGGGUGAAAGGUGAGCUGGAGAAAAAGUAUGAAGACGCUUUGUCUACAACCACUCAACUGGAGACUGAGGUGGAGCAGCUGAGACAGACAUACACAGAAAAAUCUGAGAAAAUUGAAAACUUGAAAGCAAAACUAAGUGAAAUGCACACCGCACACAGAAGCCUCUCAGAUGAUUUUGAGGAGCAAAAAAAACACAGUCAGGAAUCUUUGAAUUCCGUGAAGGAAAGCCUUAGAGUGGUGUUAUUGAGGUAUGAGGAGAUUUCAAACCACAUCAAAGAGCUCGACCUGAAGUCUCAAGAGUUAAAACGAGAAUCAGACGAGAUGGAGCAAACUGUCAGCACUAUGCCAGACAUUAUAGCAGAGCUACAGGGUUUGUCAAACACUAUGGUGUUCAAACAUGGGACAGCCACAGUAGUGAUGGAUAACGUGCACAGGGAUAUAGCUUCCUGCGUACAAAGGAAGUCUCAUCACGCACAGAUUCACUCAGCGCUGUUCACUCAACGGCGGGCUGUCAUGAAGGACACAGAGGUUAAUCUACAGAAAGCCUUAAAAGACAAUCUGAAGUUAGCGCAAGAGUACCGAGAGCUGCAGAAAGCUCUGAUGAUUGCCAGACAAGAAGCCGUUUGUGUUUUUGACAGACGAAACAGAGCAGAGGCCUACAUCCAUGAUCACAAGCAGCUUUCUUUGUUGCAGAAGAGGAUGCACAAAGCCAUGCUAAAAUACUUCAAACACCGCAGCGUCUACAGCCAGGCAGAGCUGGCCCGCUUCCAGACCCUCUCCAACCAGAACAACCAGAAAAUGAAAGCCCUCCAGGAGGAGUUGUCAAACGCAAUCCAGCGCCUCUCUGAGUUCCUGCUCCGGCUGACAGAUGACUCAACUAGCAGCCAUGUCCCGCAGCAAGCAAACAGACCCGUCGCAGAUGCCGACGGAUGGAGCAGGAAGAUGCCUACAGUUCAGAUAGCGGAGUAAUUGGACGCUCACCUGCGCCAGACAACUUACUUAAACCCCCAGCAUGCUUCACUCUCUCCCCUGUCCGACGCUCACGGCCCAAUCCAUAACAAUGAAGCAGGUGACUUUCAUGCUACUGUCAGGAAUGAUCUAAUUUUAGCGGGGUGAAUGAUUGCAAUUGGCUUUGCCUCAUCAGAUAAUUAAUCUAUGUCACCAUUAAUUGGAAAAGAGAAUAAUUAGGGGGCUGUGUUGACAGAAAUUCUACGCUUCUCUAGAUUCUUGGAUCUAAUUACACCUACUUAAACCCCUCUGACCUUAACUAGCGGAUAGUAUACCUGCGUAACCCUAACCAGGCUGGGGUUGGUCUCGACCGCCUCCCGCUCGGCGUCCUUUGUCAUUUUUUUCCUCCUUUCUUGCUUGUUUAUCCUCUCUUUUCCUGUCUCCUCAGAGAGCUGUCUCCCUCAAUCACUUUUCAAUAUUCAAUCUUAAUUUUGUGGAAGUUUAGCAUUUUCAAUGAGCUGGAGAUGAAUGAUUAAUGA